GUCUCUUAAGGACUACCACUAAAACUUCCACAAGGAAGAAAGGCAGCAGGGAGAGGAAAAGCUUCAAUCAGGGGUUCACAGCCUGUUAAUCAACAACAACAACCAGCUGCCAGGGCUCAUUUUUUAUCCUUACUUUUUUAAAAUUUCACUCAAAGUGAGCAAAAAAUCCAUUUUUUUUUUCUUCUCUGAGAAGACGCAAAACUGAAACCAGCAGCGAUGGCGCCCUCUCUACCCCAGGCCUACAGAAGGCGCUGGUGGAUGGCGGUGACGGCGGUGAUUGAAAACCUGCUGUGUUCGGCUGUGCUGCUCGGCUGGGGCUCCCUGCUCAUCAUGCUGAAAAGGGAAGGCUUCUAUUCCCACCUGUGCUCAGCGAAUGAGUCAGUGGUUGUGUCCUUAGGCAACUCCUCCAGCGGUGAGGUUGAGGAGUGGCUAAGCUGCGUUGACCAAGAGGAAAUGCUGAAUCUGGGCUUUACCAUCGGCUCCUUCUUGCUCAGCGCCACCACCCUGCCACUCGGUAUCCUGAUGGACAGGUUUGGGCCGCGCCCAAUUCGCCUGGUGGGCAGUUCAUGUUUCGGUCUGUCCUGUGCUAUGAUGGCCAUAUCUGCCUAUGACCCUGAUGUUCUGUCAGCGCUCAUUUUCUUGGCUCUCUCUCUGAACGGCUUUGGAGGCAUCUGCCUGACCUUCACCUCACUCACGCUCCCCAACAUGUUUGGUGCUCUGAGCUCGACCGUCAUGUCUCUGAUGAUUGGCUCCUACGCCUCCUCUGCUGUCACCUUCCCUGGAGUCAAGCUGAUCUACGAUGCAGGUGUGUCCUUCCAGGCGAUCAUGUGGAUGUGGGCAGGUCUGGCCGGGUUUGUCUUUUUCAACUGUUUCCUCAACUGGCCCACAGAGGGCUUCCCAACACCUGACGAGGUCGACUACAGUAAGAUCCUCACACUGCAACACCUGCCGUCAUCUGAGCAGAAGGUUGUUGGAGAGAGACUGAGCCAGAAAAAUGGAGACAUCCGACACUCCACAGAGAAACUCCCUAAUGGACCUGACGCUGCACCCAGCUCUACUCCCUUCCGCCGCUCUGUUUUCUCUCCCAUCUUCCUGUGGAGUCUGGUUACCAUGGGGAUGUCCCAGCUGAGAAUCAUCUUCUUCAUGGGGGCGAUGAACAAGAUGCUGGAGUUUAUGGUCACCCACGGAGAAGAGCACCCAUCUGAUGAGCUGAUAAUUGAGGCAGAAGAGAAAGUGAGUUUCUACUCGUCCAUCUUCGGCACGCUGCAGCUGCUCUGCCUGGCCACAUGUCCUCUGAUUGGAUACAUCAUGGACUGGAAGAUGAAGGAAUGUGAAGAGGAGAAGACCGUCCCCUCAACCACAGAGACAAAAAAGACCAGUGUUCCCAAGAGAGACCGCAAAGUCCAGAAAGUGACCAACGCCAUGAGGGCCUUCAUUCUCACCAACCUGCUGCUGCUCGCUUUCGGCUGCUGCUGCCUCAUAGACAGUCUGCCUCUACAGAUUUUGACCUUCAUCCUCCACACGAUGGUUCGAGGCUUCAUCCACUCCUGCUGCGGAGGCCUUUAUGCUGCUGUAUACCCAUCCAACCACUUUGGCACCCUGACAGGCCUCCAGUCCAUGAUCAGCGCCGUGAUCGCUCUGCUGCAACAGCCGCUCUUCAUCGCCAUGGUCGGACCGCUGAAAGGAGACCCCUACUGGAUCAACCUCGGCCUGCUCAUCUUCUCAUUGGCUGGCUUCCUGUUGCCGGGUUACCUGUUCUACCACCGCAGACAGCUGCUGAGGGAGAACGAGGCCAGAGACAAGCGGGCGGCCGGACAGGAGAUGCAGGCGCUGAACGACACAGAGGCCAACGGCUACAAACCUCACAGCAACGGCCUCGCCGCUGUGGAGGCUUAAGAGUGACAUUACAGAGUCGAGGAUUGGUAAAUUGUAGGAUUUAUUUUUUUACUUGCCUUUAAAAUGAGCACCAGCAAUCUACACAUCCGUAUAUAUCUGUUUUUGAUGUUUCCAGCGUUCUCGCUUUUGCUGGUGCACAUUUUGCUCACCACAAACCCCCAAACCACACAUAGGACCCCUCAUGUUUUGUUACGACUCAGAGUUAGACUGUAAGUUUCUCAUGAUUUUGGAGAAGAUGUGUCAUCAUCAUUUGUUGCUGUUUAUUUAUUUUGGUUUAGUGUCAAAGAGCCAAAUUAGUGUGAUUUUUAAAGCCAUAGAUUUCAUUCACAAGCACACGCAAAGACACACGCGCACAUCCUGCCUGCGUGUCAGACUGCGGAUAUCACGGUACUUGAAAUACUGCUAUAUAGUUUUCAAAGACUUCUGAUAAUCAUCACAAUCCUGGCUAACACCAAAGAACAGCUUAAAGAUAUUAGGAAAGUUGCACUUUCUACUUCAGUGUUGUUUCAAAAGUUUCAGUAUAUUAUGCUGUUCCUACUGUAAUCCUUCUGCCAAAAGCUAUAAAUAGAAAUUUAUAACAGAAAGCAUACAAUCAAAGAUUAUUUAAAGCUUCUGAAUACCAGACUUCUGGUACAUAUAAAAAAGCUUGUAGGGUAUUUUCAGAGCCCUGUUAUACACACAAACACCCACAUCCACGCACAGAUAGGCUGGUUGUAGAGACACCAUAUCUACCUCCUCUGUUUCCUUUUUUGUACUGUCUCUCUGCAACCGACUCCUAUGUCUGUUUGUUUUCAGAUUAGGAGCUUUUAAUCCUUUAAUUGCCAAAUACCCAAAAUGACAAAUUUGAUCAGUGCAGAAUUUCUCCUUGUGCAGUCAUGAUCUUUUCUGAGUCAGCUUGUGCAUUUCUGGAUUUUUACAUAUGUAGGAAAAACUUUUAUAAUGGAAAAUUCACAAGGAAAGACAUGACUGACUUUUAAAAUUCUGACACACAGUGUGUGUCGAAAUUAUGAAUCACUUUGUACUGCUUUAUGCACAGAAAUGACCUAGUGUGUGUAUAAAAUAUGUAUUUAAGUGUCUUUUUAUACUCUAGCUGCAGUAGCAUUAAAAAGGGAAGCAUUUGUUUCUGUUAUUUUGUAGUUUGCUAAUUAUAAAUGAAGCUCAGAUGAUUUACUUUGUAUUCUGCUUUUGCCCUUUUUUUCUUUUUUUGUCAUGUAUUGAUUUUGGAGCAAACAAUCCUCCAUCCUAAUUGUUUUUGUAAAUAGAGAUGAGGUGUGUCUUGUAUUUUAUUACAUAUUCUGCUCGCUUUACUAUAUAUGGGUGUGUACAGUAUGUUAACUGACUGACUGUGUUUUUUUUAAGUGUUUGUUUUUCUGCUUUGAUGCUUAAAGUCAAAUUCAAAAAGACACCAUUUCAGCCAGCUGCAGAUCAAAACAGAAAAAUGUACAUUCUUCUGAAGUGACAACAAAAUACGUUUAUCCCGUACAUUUAUGUUCUGCACACAGCAACAGUAUCAUGUAGAUUUAAAGAAUCAGUUGUAGAAUUUUAAUUUUUUCAUCACUUGAUCCAUUUCAGUAUCAAGACAGCUUUGGUAGAGUUUUCCUUUCUUGUCUAAUGCAUUUCUUUCCUGCUUUCUAGUUUCCCUUCGUACAUGAAAUGUAUUCUUUGCUUCCUCGACAUGAAGGAGAUUCUUUUAUUUUGUUUCAACUCUGUGCCUUUGCUGCCAUCUCGGCUUUAUUGAAAUAGAUAUACAUGUAAGAUUAAUGCCUCUGCCAAGCGUCCUUCUCUGCAAACCAAAGCCAUGUGUAGCGACUGUGAGCUCGUCGGUAGGACAGCACUUUCCUCAGGAGCAAAACAACAGGAACGCCUUACAACACAAUAGUCCUGCAAUUGAUACCAAUUUACUGUAUUGUUGGUUGUCACUGGUGUUGAUUCAGCUUAUUUUUGAGGCUGUACUUUAUGUGGUUUAGUAAAAAAAAAAAAUAGUGCCAAGUGCAGCAUUGGUGAGAUUUUCAAAUGUGGCAUAUGGUAAUAUUUACUAAAAAAAAAAGCACCAGCAAUUCCUGCAACAACUACCUGACCUCUUUCUUCUGCUGCAAAUUGACUUGUAAGGCCCUUAGAAUUAAGGGUUGUUGGGCCUCUUGAGUCUUUUGUGCUUUUGCCUUUUAAAGUGGGAUUUACAACUGCUGCUGCCUGAAUUGUUAGUGUGAAGUUUAAUCAACACCUCUGACAGAUUCUGCUACAAACAUCCUUUGUAUUUUAAGACUUUGGUCAACAGUGGCUUAUCUAAUCUUCCGUCUUUAUCUGUGGGUUUGAAGUGAUGGCAUGUCUUACUAAAUGCACACCUUGCUCUCCUGCCUUCAAUCAAUAUAUCCAGCUUCACUUUUGAUAAACAAAUAAAUGAUGAAUUUAAA